CUUAUCUUCUCCUCAGUUCAUCUUUGAAUUGACAGGCACGACAUCGAGAGGAGUGAGGACUCUGAGUCUGUUCAUCAUCUGAAAGCCGUCAUGGCACUGGUCUCUCGUCUACCUCCCACCAAAUUCUUCCUCCAUGACAAUGCUCGGAUCCCCAUUUUCUCUUCGUCUCCGAAUCGAACCCCGAACUACUUCUCCCGGAGCAAAUCCGUCCUUAAUGUUCCUCCGACCACUAUUAUUUCAUGCGCUCUCCAGCAGGGACCAGCAAGCUCCGCCUCAUCCUCCCCAGGACAAGGAGCAUCAGAGGAGGAGGAGCUUCGGGUUGUAACGGCGAUUCAGACGAGCUACAAUGAUAUUGUUAUCAUCGAAACACGGGAAUACCGGGCCCUGCUCCUCGACUCGACCCAGAACGUCCACAGCAUUUUUAACAACGGGCCAGACAAGUGGACGGGGUCUUACUGGGACGAGUUCGCAGCCCUGCCCGCGAUCAUCCCGCGCGAUGGUCCCGUUGCAAUCCUCGGGCUGGGGGGUGGGACGGCAGCUCACCUGAUGCUUGACGCCUGGCCCGGGCUGGACCUCGAGGGGUGGGAGAUCGACGAGGUCCUUAUCCACAAGGCGAGGGACUACCUCGGCCUGUCGGCCCUCGAACGGCCCGCGGGGCGCCUUGAGGUGAAGAUCGGGGAUGCGCUGUCUCCGUCCCCCGAGGCAUCGAGGAGGUAUGCGGGGAUCGUGGUGGACCUGUUUGGUGGCGGGAGGGUGCUGCCGCUGCUGGAGGAGGAGGAGACGUGGGCGGAGCUGAAGGGGAGGCUGAUGCCGGGCGGGCGGAUUAUGGUGAACUGCGGUGGAAUUGAUAUUGUCCGGCUGAGCUGGGCUCCAGCAUGGGAGCUGAACCCGACGAUAAGGGCAAUGCGAGCGGUGUUUGGAGGCGGCAGCGUGGCGGAGCUGUGCUGGAAGAAGGCGGAGGGCUACAACUAUAUGGCGCUCACAGGGCCACUCCCUGAUUUAGAUGAGUGGGCGAGUUUGGUCCCCAGCCAGUUGAGGGACAAUGUGAGGCAGUGGAGGUGUACUUGGAGGUGGUUCGUGGAAAUAUCAUCAUCAUCAACAAACUGCACGUGGAUUGCUUGUGAUGGAAGGGACUUUAGUAACCGUAAAAAGUUCAUCUAAAUUUAGAAUUCGUUUAUUAUAUCUUCUUCUCUUUGCGUCUUUCCACUGACAGCCGUAAUGCAGCGGCUGCUCUCUAGCCUCGCCACCAAAUUCUUCCUCCGUGAUGAAAAUGACCAGUUCCCUAUUUUCUAUUCAUCUUCAAAUUCACCCACGAACUAUUUCUUCUGGAGCAAAUCCAUCCUUAUUGUUCCUCCGACGAUUUCAUGCACCCUCCAGCAAGGACCAUCAUCCUCCGAGGAGUUUCGGGUUGUCACGGCGGUUCAAACGGUCUAAAACGACCUCAUCAUCAUCGAAACACGAGAAUACUAGGCCCUGCUGCUCGACUUGGACCUGUGCGCCCACAGCAUCCUUAAUAAGGGGCCCGACAAGUGGACGGGCUCUAUCUGGGAUGAGUUCGCGACCCUGCCCGCCCUCAUCCCAGGCGGUGGGCCCGUUGCAAUCUUCGGGCUGGGUGUGGGGACAGCUGCCCGCCUGAUGCUCGACGCCUGGCCCGGGUUAGACCUCGAGGGAUGGAGAUUGAUGAGGUCGUUAUCGACAAGGCUAGGGAGUACUUCGGGCUUUCGGCCCUUGAGCGCCCCAAAGGGCGCCUCGUGGUAAAGACUGGAGACGCGCUGCUCCCAUCCCCCGAGGCAUCGGGGAGGUAUGCGGGGAUCGUGUUGGACAUGUUCUGCCGAGGGGUGAUGCUGCCGCUGCUGGAGGAGGAGAGGACGUGGGUGGAGCUGAACAGGGGGAUGAGCUGGAAGAAGGCGGGACAGAACUAUUUGGCGCUCACAGGGCCGCUCCCUGAGUUAGAUGAAUGGGCGGGUUUGGUCCCCAGUCAGUUGAGUGAAAUGAUUUACUAAUGAUUCAAUUAUCUCUAAUUAUUUCGACCAGUCGGGGUGGGGCUUCGUCGGCGGGCCGGCCAGUGACGAGGCUAUUCAGGAGUUCGUUUUCUAUAUAUGCAAACACCUAGGAAAGAUGCACAUGCUCGUCGAGCAUAUUAGGUCAGUACAUAUACAUUUAUACUUCGUGACGGCCGUACGUUGUUGAGCUCUAACUAGGCCCACAGAGAUGCCGAUGUAAACUCAAUGUUUUUAUCAAGUUCAAGUUCCCGGGUGCUUGAGUCGU